AUGGAAGGAGCGGAACGGGCGUUAAAAAAGUAUUUUGAUGGCAAGGUUGAUCCAGAGUUUGAGGAAUUUUUCCAGAACGAUGAUGAUUUAAGCGUCGCCGAUUAUGCUUUGCGGAGUUAUCUUACACUACUGAAAUGGGAGAAACGCGUUUAUACAGAUGAUGCUUGGACUGACGAAAAAAAAAGAGAACGCUGCCUUUUCGGGUUUCUCUCGUAUUUCCGGAAUCUUGUGAUUUUGGACUCCCUCGACGUGCUUGAUUGCCGCCUGAAGUAUGUGUUACGCCUUCAUAUGCAACUAAGCAAGAUCGAGCCAUCGUUUGUGAAACGAAAGAAGUUCUACAUUUUACUUGUUUUAUUCCUGCGCGCACGCAUUGACCCUCCCAGCGGCGACCCUGACAGAUCAGAAUCCGACGCCGACGAUGAGUCUGAAACAGCGACACAGAAAAGACUAGGUCGUGCCUUGGUGGGCCUUGUUGCAACAUUGCGGGCGCUGAAGGAAGCCAAAGCAGAGGAAGAAAGAACCGAACAAGGGCGCGCUGAGAUAAUAAAGGAAAAUGCCGACCUGGAUAAGCAGUUGGAGACCUUCAGUGAAAAGUGUGAGUCUAUAAGGGAGCGCGUCACCGCCUUACAGGCCGAAAAAGAUAGGCAAGAAGAACUCAUCGACGAGCUCUCAGCUGAUGUCGAGCUGGAAAGAAUACUGCAAAUCACCUUGUCUUCAGAAACUGAGGAAAACCAGGCGCAUUUCGUGAGAUAG